AUGCAAGCCCUUCACUUCGCAACCCUCCCCGUCGGCUCCACUCUGUCCAUGCCCAUCACGCCUGAGAACGCCGCGGCUGUCAUGGCAUUCCUUGCUACCCAGCGUGUUCAGUUCAACGAGGACCCCUCAUUAAUUUCCUGGAAGGCCCCCGGCAGCGAUGAGGUGCGGUACUUAGUACCCACAAACAUGUCCGCCCUUGAUAUCAGCCCCGCCGAUGGGGAGCCAGAUGCGACGUCUGCCACCAACAUCGUUUGCGGGCAGUGCGGCGCCCUCAACUACACCAAGGACCCCAAGCAAUACUAUGCCGUAACCGCUGGUAGUCAAGUCGGCAUCGUGAAAGGAGCUGACGUUGGUCGUGGCUUGAUCGACUACAUCAGCGGCGGCGUAGUCAUCGGAUUUAGGACGGAGAGCCUUGCCGUUGAGCACUUCCAGAAAGGCGUGAGGGCUGGGUCUGUCCGCGUUAUUCCUGCUCGUCCCAUGUAG